AUGCGUUUGAGUUUAUUGCUAGUGACGUUCAUGUUGGUGGCUGCGCAGUGUCAGGAUUGCACGGUUAAAGGAAAACAGUGUAAUGCGCACGAGCAAUGCUGCGGCGGGUGUUGCUUUGAUAAACAUUGUAUGGACACUUUCAGAUCAUGUCUAGAAGAUUUAAAUGUGUGCAAGGGUCAUGCCUGUCGAGGUGAAGAAAUCUGUGUACCGUACCAACCUAGACAGUGCCUCGGUUGUGAACCCUUACCAAUAUGUAGAGAGAAAAGAGAAACU